GUGUGUUAUGAGUUGCAUUUUGUGAGUGUGUGCGGUAUUGAAUUGAUUGGGUUUCCCAUACAGACAGAAAAAAGGGCAAAAAAUUGUUUGUUUGUUUCGGUUGUAUUUCAUUUUUUUUACUUUUCAUUUUUUUUUUCAUCUUAACUAUUGUGUCGGACGACAUGAUACGGUCUCAAAAUCCCAAUGUGCAAUGACAAAUAGCGAAUAAAUAAAAAAAAAUUCGAUUCGCCAUAAUCGUUUUUCGGUAUAACCAUGUUUCUUUUGUAAAUGCGCAUUGUAUCAUUGAGCUUUCUCCCCCUUCGGAAAAAAAAAAUCUUCCCGUCCUAAAAAAAACCAUUUCCUUCGAAUUUUACAUGAAUUUUUAUUCCCAGUCGGAUGCGUUUUUCGCCAAAAAAAAAUUGUCGCUUCCAUUAACAAUUCCAAGAAAAAGUUUCUUAAAUCUAAAACAACACGAAUUUACUUACAAUUGGAUGCAACAAAACUGAUUUUAUUGUAUGGAUAUUUAAUUUUUUUUUAUAAUGCGUGUUUGAAAUGCUUUGUUGAACGAACACGAAUAGUUUCUACGACGAAUCCACACUGAAAAUGGUCGACUCCUAAUAAACAAAGAUGGUUGCCAUCAAUCGAUGUUUAUCCACAUGAAGAAAGUAUUUAACAUUUUUACUACGUUUUCGGUCGUUUGUUACAGCAAACGCAUUGUAGCAGAUUCCUAUGUUAGCCGCAUGCGAUUGCAUGUGGUAGUAUGCAUGUACGGCAUGUGAAUGUGAAAAUGCCGCUGUGAUUACCAUUUUUAGUACACGGUACUUUUGUCAUAAAUCUUCUACUAUUGUUUUUCCUGCUUUUUUUCCCGCAUCAAAUCGGCAAACAAAAUUGCAGGAGUAGAUUUCUGGUUUGACAUGUGACAACGAACGCUAUGCUACAUACAGCACCGGCACAACGGGAUGCUUGUGUGUGCGUGCGUUUGCUCUGCAGCUCAUAAACAAAACAGUUAAAGUUGAAACUCUGCAACUAUUGUGAAAUUCUUGUAAGUGCAGACAAAACUAAAACAUUGCGUUUUGCACGGCAACGAACAUUUUGAACACGUGCUUUUUUUUCCACAUUUACCGUUUUGGCAAAUAAAUAGAUUUUCUUAUUAGAAAUUGUAGCCAUUGAUUGAACACACAGUCACAAUGAGCGAUUGGGAAGAAGAUGAUCCAAAACCGCAAAUGGCACCACCGCCUCCCAUGCGACGUGCUGCCGCUCAACAAAACGAUGAUUGGGACGAAGGCCCAUCAUCGAACACGGCAAACAAUGGUUUCAACAGACAAAGAAGCCGUAGCUCCAAUCGCGGUGAUUCAGAUGGUAAGCGAGCCAACAACAAUUACAUGGAUUCCAGUGACGGCCAAGAGAACCAAGUGGCAUUCGCUGUAAGCAAGACAAGCGUCGGUUCGAUUAUCGGUCGCCAAGGUUCGAAAAUCAAAGAGCUCCAAGAGCAAUUCCAUGUCCGCAUAAAUAUUGACAAAGAAAGCGUUGACAGAGAUGGAAAUGUCUCGGUCACCGUCAAAGGUGCAAUGCGUGAUGCAAACGAUGCCAAAAGAAACAUCAUGGAAUUGGUCAGUUCUAAUUCAAAUUGGAACUCUGAUCGUAAUAGUGGCGGUGGUGGUGGUGGUGGACGACAGUCAGACCGCAGCGACAAUUCACGAAACUACAAUUCUCGCAAUGACAGUUCACAAAACUUUGAACGUCGCAAUAAUCGAGAUAGCUCACGUAGCAAUGAUUCGCGUUCAAAUGACACGGUCGAAAUUUACCCAGACAAAGUGGGCUCUGUGAUUGGUCGUGGCGGUGAAACAAUCCGAAAUAUUCAAGACACAUUCAAGGUUAGGGUUAACAUUGAUAAAAAUCCAAACUUCAAUGGAAAAUCGACUGUCACCGUGUCGGGCAGUCAAAGCGAUGUGGCAAAUGCCAUUGGUAGAAUUAGAGAAUUGGUUGGCGAACCAAAUGAAUCUCAUCAAAAUAGCUACGGAUCGAAUCCGCAGCAGGGCAACAGUGAGCCAGAGCGCAUGGAAUUCGAAGUGAUUGAUUGGCAAGCGGCCGCUCGCGAAUCUGAAGAAGCAAAUCGUCGACGUUGGGCACAACUGCCACCAUUGCAAAAGGUAUUCUACGAGGAACAUCCGGAUGUCGCAAACAUGUCACCCGAACAUGUUGAAGAAAUUCGUAGUCAAAACAACAAUAUCACCGUCAGUCGCCUGUUCCUCGAUGAAAAUGGUGCAAACGAUGCUUCGUCUCCGAUUCCAAAUCCAAUCGAGCGAUUCGAACAAUGUUUCGCCAAAUAUCCCGAUUUGUUGGAGCAAAUCACAAAUCAAGGCUUCCAAAAGCCAUCUCCAAUCCAAGCACAAGCAUGGCCCGUAUUGAUGAAAGGUGAAGAUUUGAUUGGUAUCGCACAAACUGGAACAGGUAAGACACUCGCUUUCCUCCUUCCCGCGAUGAUUCACACCGAGUACCAGACUAUUCCACGCCCGCGCAGUGGACCGAAUGUUCUGGUUUUGGCGCCAACACGCGAAUUGGCCCUACAAAUCGAAAAAGAAGUCGCAAAAUACUCGUUCCGUGGCAUGAAAGCUGUGUGCGUCUAUGGAGGUGGUGAUCGAAAGGCACAGAUUAGUAACAUUGAGACUGGUGUCGAAAUCAUCAUCGCCACGCCGGGGAGAUUGAACGAUUUGGUCGAAGCCAAAGUAAUUGAUGUUUGUACAAUUACAUUCUUAAUUCUUGACGAAGCUGACCGAAUGCUGGACAUGGGAUUUGAGCCACAAAUCCGUAAGGUAUUGUUGAAUAUUCGGCCGGACAGACAAACCGUUAUGACAUCGGCCACGUGGCCAGCUGGUGUUCGCCGCUUGGCACAACGUUACAUGUCGAAUCCGAUUCAAGUGUGCGUCGGAACAUUGGAUUUGGCCGCCGUUCAUUCCGUGUCACAGGUCAUCAAGAUCAUCGAUGAAGAUGAUAAAUUCAGCACGGUCAUGAAUUUUGUCAAAGAACAAAUGGAUCCCGAAGAAAAGGCGAUCAUUUUCUGUGGUAAAAAGGCCAGAGUAGACGAUUUGAGCAGUGAAUUCAGCUUGGCUGGCAUUUGUUGUUCGUGCAUUCACGGCGAUCGUGAUCAAUCCGAUCGAGAGCAAGCAUUGCUCGACAUCAAAGAUGGGGUGGUGAAAAUUUUGAUUGCCACCGAUGUGGCAUCGCGUGGUCUUGACAUUCAAGACUUGAGCUACGUGAUCAAUUACGAUUUUCCACGCAAUAUCGAGGAAUACGUUCACCGUGUAGGUCGGACUGGACGAGCUGGUAAAACUGGCAAAAGUAUUUCAUACGUGACCCGUAGUGAUUGGGGCAGUGCCGGUGAAUUGAUCAAAAUUCUCGAAGAAGCCGAUCAAGAUGUGCCCGAUGAGCUUCGCGACAUGAAAUCUCGUUUUGACUCAAUGCAAGAGCGCCGAGAGCGCGAAAGACAAAGCAUGGGCGGAGGUGGCGGUGGCGGUGGAGGUCGUCGUUUUGGUGGUGGUGGAGGUGGUGGUCGUUUUGGUGGCGGAGGUGGUGGCCGACCAAGAUGGUAAACAUUUGCCAAUCCUCAAUGCUCUACGGACCGAAAGCUGCUGCCAGUUUUUCUUCAAUUGCAUUCGACAUGCGAUCAACAAAUUGGUUUCUCAUGUAGCAUAAGAUUAGCACAUUUCAAACAAACUUAACAAUGUUAACUUCAAAACUGUGAUCAUUGUAAAUUACAAUUUGUAAUAGGGUUACAAUAGUUUCUGAACAUUUAGCAAGUUAGUUGAUGAUAUUUUUUCUCUUCGAAGACGGAAAAAGUACAAAAAAAAACAAAUGCUUACUAUAUUGACCUUAGAAAGGCCACUCAAAGUCUUUUAAAAUCAAAAUAAAAGUCAAAAACGAAAAAAAAAAACAACAACCAAUGGAAUUGAAUCCAAACAUAUGAUUAAAUUAAACAGAUUUCGUUAUUUA